UGGCGUUGUUACCGGAACAAGAUCGGCGCGAAAAGAGGCUGACCGAAAAUGAAUGAAAAGCGAAGAAAAACAACCAUAGUUAUUGACGAUAACAAAGCAAUUAUGCAUCCCUGAUCCCAGGCUAACCAUCUGCGAUAACAGGAAAAACUUUCGCUCAUAAUGCCUAGGCGAAAACGGCCUAGAGAAGUAGCGUCUUCUGAGGAGAGUGAUCAUGAACAAACAUCAGCAGAAAGUGAUGGAGACAGCUCACAUUCAGACACCAUUGCACCCCGAGUCACCAGGCGCUCGGCAGCAGGCCUUGUUUCAUCUGUUGGUAUUUCCUCGCCUGCUCGGAAAAGAAGAAAAAUAGAAUCAAGAACAUCAGAAUCAGCAUCAGAAUGUGAAAAAGAAAUAACAAACAUUACACAAAAUAAAGCCUCGCGUAAGAGUGUAGACACUAAACCAACAACAAAUAAGUCUGGUUCAAAAGACAAAACGCCAUCCUCACAAGGCAAGGGAAAACAAUCUGCAAAAGCUAAGAAUGCCAAUCAAGCAAAACUGAAUGAAAAAUCAGUGUCAAAAAGAAAAACUGUUGAAACCACAGCUGAAAAUGGCUUCAUGUCCAUAUGGACAGAAAAGCGACCAACUCCUUCCAUGGACUACAAUGAGAGUAAUGCAAAGUGUCCUCUGCCAGGCUGUGAUUCUAAAGGUCAUUUGACAGGCAGACAUGAUCGUCACAGAACAUUAGCCUCCUGUCCCUUGUACCACAACACAUCAGCUGAGGACUGUAAGAGGAGAUUAGAAGACAGACAUAAGGAACAAACGGAGAGGGAAAAAGUUGUUGCUACACUACAUGACAAACGUGAUCUCCGUAAACAGAUACAGACAGAUGAGCAGAAAGAAAAGUCUGAGAAUAUUCGCAAGAUGCGGAAGAGUCUGCCUGAGGUGACGGAGGAGGAUAAAAAGAAGCACCGGAAUCAUAGGGAGAAAUAUGAAAAGGGACGAGAACCUCUCCUCAAUGGCCUUGCCUCAAACUAUGACCUGAAACUCUUCCGAGAAGCACAGGCUCGUGCUUGUGAAGUGUUGGAGCAUGAGAUCACGCAACACUACACAAGGAGUGACCUCCAGGAGUACAGAAUUAAAAAACUGGAGAUCGGCCGCUUUGAGAUGACCACAUGGUACUCCAGUCCCUAUCCUGAAGAGUAUGCUCGCUUGCCAAAAAUUUAUCUUUGCGAAUUCUGUCUCAAAUACAUGAAGACCGCCACCAUCCUUCGUCGUCACAUGGCCAAGUGUGUGUGGCGACAUCCUCCUGGAGACGAGAUUUACAGGAAAAACAGUAUCUCUGUGUUUGAGGUAGACGGGAAGCGUAACAAGGUGUAUUGCCAGAAUCUGUGUUUGCUGGCCAAGCUAUUUCUGGACCACAAGACACUUUACUUUGAUGUAGAACCCUUUCUCUUCUAUGUGAUGACGGAGAAUGAUACGCAUGGCUGCCAUAUAGUUGGCUACUUUUCCAAGGAAAAGAAUUCCUUCCUGAAUUACAAUGUUUCCUGUAUCCUGACUCUGCCUCAGUACAUGCGACAAGGUUAUGGGAAGAUGCUGAUUGACUUCAGCUACUUGCUGAGUCGGAACGAGAACAAGAUCGGGUCACCUGAGCGACCUCUGUCUGACCUUGGACUCAUCAGUUACAGAAGUUACUGGAAAGACACCUUACUAAACUAUCUCCAUAAAUACAAAGGUGCAGAAAUCUGCAUCAAAGAUGUCAGUCAGGAGACUGGAAUCAAUGCUAAUGAUAUUGUCAGUACAUUACAAGCUCUUGGAAUGCUGAAAUACUGGAAAGGGAAGCACUUGGUCCUGAAAAGACAGGACCUCAUGGAAGAGUUCUUAGAGAAGAAAUCCAAACAUCUGAAUGACUUGCGAGCUGUAGAUUCUUCCUGUCUGAAAUGGACGCCGCCCACGAAGAGAGUCACUCAAGCGUGAUAUCAUAUAUAAUGUGGUUUUCCUGUAGACUUUACCUUUAGUUAGAAUAGUGCACAGUAUGACAGACUGUCAAGAAUCGUGGAUAAUCACAGUCGAAGAUAACCGGUAGUGAUUAAAAACAAUGCCAUAACUUGAAUAUUGCAGACUGUCUAAUUAUGCGCGCACAUACGUGGAAUCAUUACAAACAUCAUAAAACAUUUCACAGACUGUGAUUGUGAUUACAAACAUUGGGGUUGGGAAUCAUGAUCUGAUACGAGGACACAACAUCAAAUUCUCUCUUCAAGGAGACUGGAUCAAAUGUUAUUUUGGAUAUGUUGUGUUAAAAUGACAGCAUACUGGAAUUUUAUUGCUAGCUACAUGUGUCUCAUUACAUCUUAUAUAGGUGAGGCUUUCGUAAACUUUAAUUAUCUUGACUGCCUAGCGAUCGAAAAAAAAAACCAGGUUUAAAUUGUGAAGAUUUUUGUCGGCCAAGGGAAGGACAUGAGCAUUGCAGAAGUAGGUGUGAACACUUGUGACAGUGAUGUUUACAUGUAACUUGUAAACAAUUAAUGUACGAUUGGUAUUUUAUUACAAGAUACAUAUUGAACUGCAGAUCUAGAUCCAUGGUACCACUACACCUGUCAUUAUGCUUGAGACUAUUUUUUGUUUUGUUUUCUCGCAGAGACAGUAUGUAGUAUGGGUGAAACUUUGUUAUUUUUGUUGUAUAUUUAUAAGUUUUAAUUGGACAAGUAGAAAUGUUUCACUGGGGAGGGAAUGGUAUAGGGGUAGGCUACAUGUUACAGUCAUGGAGCAAAAGGAUCGACAUCUGCAUGUGUAAUUUUUAUCCUGUCUUCAUAUUUUUUGUCCAAUAUUGAACCUUACUGUAAAAAUAAACUUUUGUAUUGUG